AUGAUAAGAGAUUUUGGCUUCAUAGUUUAUCUUCUACUGCAAGAGGUCAUUAUACCGAGAAGUCCGAGUACAACAAACAAGAAGGACCACCUCCCACGAUUAUCGGACAUGGGCCUUGAUACAACAGCACCAGGGGAUCAUCUUCAACAUGAUGUGGAUGGAACCACGUUCCGAGAAGAGGCACGAGUCGAAGGACGCACAGUAGAGCCACAACGUUCUAGUCCUACUCCACAGCGUUCUAGUCAUAUACAAAGGAGGACUACGAGGACCCAACAGCAACAGCACCAUUUUGUCGUUGUGCCUGGAGCGGCAGGUCGACAAGAACAUCAACGAGGACCGAACCGCUUGGAGCAUCAUAGAGGAUCUCAUGUUCCUGCGCAACCACAGGCACUAAUUGGACAACUACAUCACGAUGAUCCUCGUACAACAUCAGCAGCUCUUCAACUACAGGCAAUCACAAGCGGUGGACCUACUUUUCCUGACAUUCCCAUUCCCGGACAUUCACCCUAUAGAUUCGCGGGUGGAGUGUUUUAUGCGGCUGCGCCGCCAUCUCCCGUUGCUGCUGGGGUUGAAAACUGUCGGACAAGGGAUACAGUUAAGAUUCAAAAUCGUCAUCUGCUCAGAUCUGUAACUUUGAAAUUAUCAUAAUCAUGCAUUCUGAUUCUCCUUGUUCAAUACGACUACAACGAAUUUUUAAUGGAGUGCAACAGCCGAAACUACGAUUCUGAUACUGAUUUUUCACUUACACUUACUGUCUCUUUUCAGAAGAGCCCUUUCUAAGAAAAAAUCUGCCCUUGAGGACACUGACGAAGCAAGUGCACAGGCAGACCACUUGGAGGCAAUACAGGACAGCGUGUGGAGCAGUAGUAAAGGGAGCAAUACUAGCACGACUUCUUCUGUGGAUAUCAGAAAAAGUGUAGCUGCUGGCCCAGGUGUCCUCCUAGCAUUAAACGAAAAAGGAAAAGCUAAGCGAAUGGAUAAUAUUGCACUAGCACCAGAGGCAGAAGUGGCAGUCGGUCCUAGUACAAAAGAUAGAGAUAGUUCUUGUACUUUAUCCGCAAAAACUUCGACCGGAUCGUCGAGUACUAGUACGAGUGUGCAACUGCAGGUCUCAACCGAUGUUGUGAUGCAGAGCAGCAAUGUGUCCUCAGAGGAAGUAGUUGCAUCAAAUGCCUGGACGUCGAGAAGUGUCUUUCUUUCUAGGGAUAAGCAGAGUGGUCAUCAUAAGGUCGAAGUCAAUACUGAUGCAGUUACUGCGCAGAUGCUCAAGCUGCAGCCUCAUGCUUUCGUUCCGUCGUCUUCAUCUGCGGCGCCGUCUGCAAGUAGUAACAACUUCGAUUUUGUUGAUACUUCUACCGAGUCCUGUUCAGCGUCUUGCUCAUCUUCUCUAGGUGUGCCCUCCGCCUCUUCUGAUAGUAGAUGGACCAAAGAUCAUCAUGCUGGAGCUCUGAAGCUUGAAGAGCCUACGGUCUUCAUCGACAAGGACAGCCUUGCUUUGCUGUUGCGUCAUGUCGCGGCUGGGGUCACUGUAAAUGCGAAUGCGCAUGAAGCUUUUAAGGUUUUUAGAUGAACAUUCCGAUUCAAUCUAAUAUGCGUGGUUCUUGUUUGCGGGAAAUGUAAAAGACUGCCUGUAGAGCUGAAUUGUAAUGGUCGUUGAAAAACUUAAUGCUUUGAUUACCUAGGCAUAGGCAUAAUCAAUGCGAACCUAGGGCCAUCUCCAUCGCUAAUGCUCAUAGGCAACAUAAGCCUGCAGCUGCGUACUCACAAUCGUCGUGUUCUAGCUCAACGUCUGCAGCUAGAAGUGGUAGAAGUAACGCCAAGCUGGAAGAAGGCGUCGAGGGGACGGGAGGUUCGUCUUCUCCAUUAUCAAAGAGGAGUAGCGUCGCAAAUCCAACCAAUUCGUCGAGCAAUGGGUGCCAAUCGCAGCAAGAGUACGCUGAGGCCAUGCGGCGACUGCAUCAACAUCAUCCGAGUGCUCAUAGUCCCUAUAGGAAUCAUCCACAUUUUCUGCCGAAGGAGCGCACUCCGUGUCCACCGCCGGGAAUGGACAUUCACCUUAACGUCCCACAUGGUCAAGGUCAACGACGAGAGGAGCGCCAACUGGCUGCACAGGACAAGAAUGUCGUCCCAGCAGCGGCGGCAAGCAGGCGCGUUCGGGCUGGUAUCAACUCAGCAGCGAUCUCAACCACAUCUAAUGGUAGAUCUACUUCUGCCGGAUCCAUUUGUUCAAGUAGUCCACCUCAUCAAAAACCACAUCUUGACUUGAUGACGUUGCUAACACCUAAAAGCACAUCAAGAGGAGGGACAUCAUCAACGUCAGGAACCACAUCAUCAACCUCAGGAGCAGGGAUAUACGAUCGAGUGCUUGCUGGAGUCACGACCGCACAGCCACCUAGCUCCUCGACACUAUGCAGCUCCUCCGGGGGAGCAAAUAUGAAGACCCCUAUUAUUAAUAUUCCAACGUCUUCCUCUUCAACACCUCCUAUGAGAUCAGCCUUCGACUUUCAAAAUUGUAGAGCUCCUAAGAUGAAUUAUGGAUCAGGUUCUUCACAUGUUGCACUAGCCGCUAUUAUUGAGGUUGACGAGGAUGCGUCGCAGGCGACAUUGAGCGCUGGACCGUCUCCUGACAAACAGCAUUGUCUGUUCAAUGAAGGUCAGCAUCCUUAUUAUCCACGACCAUCUAGUUCUAGUCCUAGUAGUCCGGACGCCGAUCCAGCAACAAAAAGCGCAGAUCACGAUCAUCCGCUACAUCUUUUACGGCUGAAGCUAGAAGAAAAAGAAGUGUCGUCCUGCUCUAGUUGCAGCUACGUGACCUCGUGUGCAGAAGGUGGCAACAAUCCGUCACGCAGCGCAGUGGCGUCUUUGUCCUUCUCCGGGAAGCUCAACACUGCAUUCGCAAUAGGAACGUCACUUCCUCCAGGAGCAACAGCUACCCCGCCAAGCACACGCAGUGUACCUACAGCGCCUGUUCCUGCUGCUCUUAAAGAUCGUAUGGCGGUCGUGGCUCAUCCACAUCCAGUUAGAGUACCGCCAACAUCUAAGCCAGCCCCAUCUAGGCCAAUAGUACCCAUGCUGAAGCCCAGUGAAUCAGGCGCGCCGCCGCCUCGCUGUGCUCCACCUCCGCCAACUAGUGGCACGACUUCUGUUUUCGUGCGUCCUCCACCCGACCUUGAAGAUAUCGACGAAGAAGAUGGUCGUAGAACAAGGAGUGCUGGUAAAAAUAUGUCCUCCUCUACAUUACGAUUGCUAACAAAUGGGACGCCUCCAGCUGGAAGUCCAGUCGUAGACACCACCGCUACGAAGGCAGACAGAGCUGCCCUUCCUGUUCCGACUGGGCUUGUUGAUGAGUCGGAAACUCCUAGUACAACUGCGGGUGCUAGUACAGCAAGAACAUCUUGUUCUAAUAGAGUCCUUGAAGAUCCUUGUGCAGGAGAUGGAGGUGAGGGUGUUUUUCAGACCUCGACUUCCUCAUCUUCUACUCCGCCAAAUGACUUAGUGCUACAGGACUACAACACCUCAACGGAGUACACACAUCACCACUACAACUACGGCGCUGCGGCAGGCCCAUAUCUCUGCCUUCAUGGAGGGAGCGGAGCAGGUGCUGGAGGUGGGUACUACAAUUAUGCUAGUAGCAGAGCGAACUCCUAUUAUAGCUAUGGAUACGGUGGCCCUGGCUCUGGUACUAGUGCAGAAAGAACAGAUCACAAUCAUCACCAUUCCCUCGUUAGGAGCGACAAGCAACGGGGGUGGGCCAGAAAUUCGCUGGGAGGGCAUACCCCUGCUCAUUCGAUGAUGAAUUACAACUACAACUGUUUUACUAGUGGAGCCGGACGAGGUAGUAGCGCAACUACUGCGCACCAACAAGAGUACGUCGCAGUAGAUGCAGAUCACCAUUAUCAUUAUGCGGGUCAGCCGUACCAUUCAUCGUGGCCUAAUUACUACGGCGGCGGCGGCCACGAGGAUGCACACGGGGAAAGUCCACGUAGUUCUUUGCCCUACUACAACCAUCAAGUCUAUAUGUUAAGGCUCAACUUUCAAUGGUCACCAUUGAGAUUGGGGUCACUGAGAUCGAAGAAGCGACCCCUACUUUAGAGAAGAAUAGGGGAAAAUGAAGGGAAAGGGGAGAGCCUUGAAGGGGGUCUCUUCCGUUCAGAGUCAUGAUAUCCAGUGAGGUUUUCUCCGGACCAGCACCCGGACAUUUUCUAAUCCCCACACUCGGCACGACACGACAAGUCUCGGCAGGGAGUGACCGGUCCUCACCUCACGUGUUUCCUCCCAGCCAGGAUUCUGGCGAUGCCUCCACGUACAGUACCGUGUUUCCUCCCAGCCAGGAUGCUGCAUCUUGUUCUCGCACUUCUUACAUUAUGGAGGCAAGCUUGGGCGUUAGCGUAUGCGCUAAUCUUCUGUUAACACUUCUACGACUACGUUGAAGUACAAGCAGAUUUCGAAUCUUCUCAAGGUCGUUAAGACAACACGAGCACCACCGCCACGCUUCUUCUUCUAAGCAAAUAACUUAUAAACUUUGAUGAUGAAGAAUUUCAAUGCCUCGUCUAACAAGAACAACCACCAUUCAGCCCCAUCGGCACUGGUUUAUGGCUUUUAUAAGAAGAUGAUGGGCUUCUCGCCUUCGUUGUCUCGUCAAACGACGCAAUCGCCAAUAGUCGGAACGUCUGAGGUUGCUAGAGGGUAA